GUUACUGAAGGCGGUGUCUCCGAAGACAGUAGCAAUGAACGAUCGCAAUGGACAUCAACAAUUAUUCCUCAUUUUGGUCUCAAGGAUGCCGACCAGCAGGCUGAUUUGAUCCUCUUGGCAUGGAUAUAUCUCCUUUAUCGGGGCGUGGGUAUCGGAGGUGAUAUUGCGCACAGUUGGGGCUUUUCUGUACCCCUCGAUAGCUGCAGCUUUGAUGCCCCAGAGUUGAUCGGUCAAUUGGUCGACGUAGUCGCCAGCAAUGACGAAGACAUUCCUAGAAAUCUGGAAGUCGUAUCGGCCAUGCGCCGGAAAGUUGCUUCAGGGGUUGGUCAAGGGAUGCCCAACAGGAGAGGGGUUGGCCUGUUUGCCAGUACAUCCGAUGCAGUGCUGCAUGAAGGCAAUGUACGUGAUACUGUCCUGUACUUCAAUUCUUCAUAGUGCUGACCUUCUCAUAGUGGCCGUUUGCCAUCGAAGUCAAGAUGAUCCAAGACGAAGUCAUGAUUCGUCCUACGCAAACUCCAUGCGACAUGUCAUCCGGAACAGUCUCCUUAUAUCUAUCCACUUGUAUGGACAUUCUAACGGGCCUGGCCUCGAAAAAAUUCCAUUCCGUUACGGAGGCGGUCCGUGUCGGGGAAAGUGAGUUGACUCAACUCUGGAAGUGGAACGGUACGGUUCCCGAAACGAUCAAACUUUGCAUGCAAGACAUCGUUUCCGAGAUCGCCCAUAAAUCCCCCGAUCGUCCCGCAGUCACUUCAUGGGACGGGGAUCUUACAUAUGGGGAGGUCGAUACCCUAUCAACGCAACUCGCGGUCAGGCUGUUCGAUCUUGGCGCCGGUCCCGGUCGAACCAUUCCUCUCUCCUUCGAAAAAUGCAAAUGGACAGUGGUUGCAUUACUUGCGGUCAUGAAGACGGGGAGCGCCGUCGUGCUCACGGACCCAAGUCAGCCAGAGGCAAGGUUGCGAACUAUCGCGACAGAAGUUAACGCCAGGUUGGUUGUAACUUCCCAAGCCCAAUCGAAACUCGGCGCCGCAAUCGCACCGAAUGCGACAGUUGUCGUGGUUGAUGACCAGUCAAUGCGGCCCGAGUUGUUGCCGGCAGUCGUUGAACUUCCUCCCGUCAAUCCCGUGUUGACCAUGUAUCUCCAAUUCACAUCUGGGAGCACUGGGAAGCCGAAAGGAGUCAUCAUUUCCCACACGAACUUCACCAGCGGGGCACUUCCGAGAGCAGAACUCGUUGGUUAUAAGCCGCACUCACGAGUGCUCGACUUCCCAUCCUAUGCCUUUGACGUCAGCAUUGAUUGUAUGCUUUGCACGCUUGCUAAUGGUGGUUGCAUUUGUGUUCCGUCCGAAGACGCACGCGUCAAUGAUCUCAGCGAAGCCAUACGAUCCAUGCGAGUCAAUAUGGCUCAUAUGACCCCGUCUGUGGCUCGGGUUCUGGACCCUGAUAUCAUGCCUUCCUUGGAAGUACUCGGACUCGGCGGUGAAUCAAUAUCUGCGAAGGAUGCCUCCGUUUGGAACCAGAAGACGAAACUGGUUAUUGCGUACGGUCCGUCGGAGUGCACUGUUGGCUGCACAAUAAAUAAUGAUAUCGGCCACGGAAAAUCAUAUACCAACAUCGGUAAAGGCGUUGGUGGUGUCACUUGGAUAGUUGAUCCUGAAGACCACAAUCGAUUGGUUCCUAUCGGCGCGGUUGGCGAGUUGCUCAUAGAAGGUCCCGUUGUGGGGCAAGGCUAUCUCCGUGAACCAGAAAAGACAGCCGAUGUGUUCAUCGAGAAUCCCGUGUGGCUGGAUGACGGAUACCGGACUGCCGCGGCUCGAUAUGGUCGGCUUUAUAAGACUGGAGAUCUUGUCAGAUACGAUCAAGAUGGCACCGGGGCCAUCGUCUUUAUGGGCCGGAAAGAUCAACAAGUCAAGCUUCGUGGUCAGAGGAUCGAACUGGCAGAGGUAGAGUAUCAUAUCGCAAGACAUCUUCCGUCGGGGACGAAGAUCACUGUGGAAGUUAUCACAGCUGCCGGUCCUGGCAGUGAACCCAUGCUUGCCGCUUUCAUCUCUGAACCGAAUUACUCGGAUGCCGCGGAUCCGACAGAUCUCCUCACCCACUUCUCUCCAGGCCUUGGAAAAUUGGUAGAAGUCAUUGAGACCAAGCUUGCGGAGGACCUUCCGAGUUACAUGAUACCCACCACAUACAUUCCGUUGAAAGAGAUGCCAUCUCUUGUCUCGCGCAAAACAGACCGCAAGAAGCUGCGAGAGAUUGGAUCCUCCUUUUCCAGACAAGAGCUGUCCAAAUUCAGGGUUAGUUCGACCGAAACCGUUGCGCCGCAGACUGAAAUGGAAAAAGGUCUUCAGCAACUUUGGAUGAACUUGUUCGAUUCGAAGGAUCAAAUCAGCUCUGGGGAAAACUUUUUCAGUGUCGGUGGCGAUUCUCUCCGGGCAAUGAAGUUGGUGGCAGCUGCACGAGCGGAGAGACUGGUGUUGACCGUCGCCGACAUCUUCCGUCAUCCAAUAUUACGGGACAUGGCUAGGGCUAUGGGUCGCGUUAGUGUCGAUGCGAGCACCGAAGAAUCGGCUCCAUUCUCCUUAAUUGGGCCAACGUGGAACAUUGACGACGCUCGUCUCCAAGUGGGGAAACUGUGCGGUCUGGCACCGCAUCAGAUUGAGGACAUAUACCCUUGCACCCCAUUGCAAGAGGGCCUCAUGGCACUUUCUGCAAAGGUCAACGAGGCCUAUGUCGCGCAAAGGGUGGUCCCACUACCAGAUCUCGCAUUUGCUAAGAGGCUACAAGCCGCUUUCGAGACUGUAGUGGCCGACUCUCCGAUCAUGCGCACCCGGAUCAUCCAGGUCCCCGGCCAUGGUCUCAUGCAAGCGGUUGUAAAUGAGAGCAUCAGUUGGAGAUCUGGAGCCAAUCUUCAAGAAUAUCUGCAGCAAGAUGCUGAAGAGGCAAUGGAUCUUGGCACGCCUCUUGCCCGAUACGGUGUUGUCGCAGACCCAUCCAGCACAAAUGGUGAUGCGGCUGGCAAUAUACAAUUCGUCUUGACGAUGCACCACGCGCUUUACGAUGGCUGGUCUAUGCCGCUGAUUGUGGAGCGGAUAAACAAGGCCUUCAAUGGCCAGAAAAUCGUCCGCUCAGCUUCGUUCAAGCAGUUCAUUCAACACCUUGCUUCACAGGACAAUUCUGAAUCCAGCCAUUUCUGGCGUGACCAGUUGGAGGGAGCAACAGGGCCACAGUUUCCGGCUCUGCCGUUCGCAGGAUAUCAACCACAGGCAGAUUCCUUGCUCGAACACUACGUACCUAUCACGAAGAAUGUGGCCUCCAAAACCACUCUGGCGACCGCUAUCCGUGGAGCAUGGGCGUUCAUUGCUGCUCAAUACACUGGAUCUAGUGAUGUAGUAUUUGGCGAGACUCUGACCGGCCGAAACGCCGCGAUCCCUGGUGUGGAGGAAAUCGAAGGUCCAAUGAUCACCACAGUGCCGGUCCGAGUCACCGUUGACCGUGGCGCAUCCAAGUUGGAUUACUUGCAAGCGAUCCACCAGCAGACAGUCCUGCGCAUUCCUCACGAACAUAUGGGGCUGCAGCACAUCCGAAGGCUCAGUCUGGACGCCUUUGACGCGUGCGAGCUGAGGACUGGCAUGGUCCUUCACCCGAGUACCGAAGAGGCCAUCACCCAAUCGCUGGAGAGUGAGCCUGCUAAUGGCUUUGUCCCAGCUGGAGACGAAGACGCUGCUCGGGAAGCGCUCAAGUUCAACUCGUACGCGCUCAUGCUCGUCUGCUCACUGGACUCGAACGGUUUCCUCACCAUGGCAAGCUUUGAUUCCUGUACAGUCGGAAAGCCUUUGAUGGAGAAAAUCUUGAAAGAGUUCGGACAAGUUGUUCAGGACCUUUGUGCUGAUGAUCGUAGCCUUCUUGGUACCAUUGAUGUUCUCACCGAUGUGGAACGAGCGGAGAUUCGGGAACUGAGCGGAGCACCAUUACUCCCCAGCGAGAAAGAUCUGCACAGCUUUGAAUCAUCAGGGUCGAGCUGGAUCGUCUGUCCUACCGAUCCAGACGCCCUGGUGCCGAUCGGUGCGGUUGGUGAGCUGCUGACAGGGCGUCCGACAAGUCACACCGACGACGCUUUGGAGCCGCAAUGGGCGAAUGUUCAGUCAACCGACGGUGCAAAUCAUCAGCUGCGACUGUAUAAAACUGGGUAUCUUGCGAAGUUCGCAGACAACAGCUCAAUAGUGAUUGUUGGAAAGACGAGCGACUUGAAGAGGCUGAGGACGGAUAUCCAAAAAUCUCAAGGCAAUACCGAAUGGGCCCCGGUGACAUCGGCGAAGCAGGAAAAGCUACGAGGUCUAUGGAGCCGACUUCUAGGCAUCACGGAGACUGAGAUCGGAUUGAAUGAUAGCUUCAUCGACAUCGGCGGGGACUCCAUCAGUGCCAUGAAGCUGGUAUCCGAAGCGCGGAUCGCCGGCCUCAAAUUGACGGUCGCCCAAAUCUUCCGUUUCAGGCAACUCAAGGAUCUAGCUGAUGUCGCAGAAGACACCCAGUCCGUGAAAACUGUCCAAGAGACAUUCUCGCCGUUCGGGACGCUCCAAAUUCCAGACGUUGACUCGUUUGUUGCGACAGCUGUCCGCCCUGCAUUGGCCCGGAAUGACUGGAAGAUCGUCGAUGUUCUCCCUGCUCGGCCUCUACAAGAGAUUGCAGUCAAGGGAACCACCCAACUGCCACGAUAUUCGGCUCGGUACGAACUAUUCCACUUUAGUGCUUCCGUAGAUGGCACGAAGCUGCUCAGGAGCUGUAAUGAUUUGGUGGCCCAAAACGAAAUCCUCAGAACAGUCUUCAUCGAACACGAAAGCGCAUGCUACGGUGUAGUCGUGGAGGAUAUCGAGGUCCCUAUUGUCGAAUACGAGAUCGAGGGAGAUGUCCCGUCCUUCGCGCAGAAGUUGUGUGAAUUGGAUAUUCAAACGAGAAUGCCGAUGGGAUCGCCCUUCCUCAAGUUCUUAUACAUCAAGGGCGAUCGCAACCAAAGUUGUCUGAUGAUGAGAAUUUCUCAUGCGCAGUAUGACGAGAUCUGUCUCCCAAUCCUACUACAGCAGCUGUCGGCCUUGUUCAACGGUACACCGGUCCAGGAAGCUGUUCCAUUCUCCAGAUUCGUCUCACAUGUCGUCCGUACGAAUAUUCCCCAGAGCCUCGAGUACUGGAGACAAACCCUGCAAGGUUCCUCGAUGUCUGUCCUCAGACCCGAUAUCCCCCUGACGUCUAAAGAGUCAGCCAGUGUCCACAAGGCCAUCGACAUCUCCUCGAGACCGAAAGGAAUCACCAUCGCAACGCUUCCGACAGCCGCAUGGGCGCUCUGCCUGGCGCGGCGUCUCUCGUCUCGAGAUGUGACAUUCGGUGAGGUUGCCAGCGGACGCAACUUGGAGCUUCCAGACUGCGAAGCCGUGAUGGGACCAAGCUGGCAAUACGUUCCAACCAGGGUGAAAUUUGAAUCCGACUGGACUGUGCUCGACUUGCUUCAAUCGAUCCAGCACCAACACAUCUCGCGGACGCGGUACGAAGGCAUCGGACUGAAGGAGAUUGUCAAACAUUGCACCGACUGGCCAGAGACCGUUGACUGGUUCGACACGGUCGUACAUCAAGAUGUCGAACAUGUGGAGCAAAUGGCAUUUGGAUCGACCCCUUGCAGGAUGGAGACGAUCUAUCCGCACCUUGAGCCUCUGCGAGAAUGGAAGAUCCAGGCGUUCAUCAAAGGGGAUGAGAUGAUAUUGGAGAUUGUGACAUUCGAGUCUUGGAUAGGUUUUGCAGCCACUCUUCUCGAAGAGCUGGAGUCGGCCAUGCGACACCUGCUCGAACCAUCGUCCCUGCUAUUUUCCUAGUGCUCGCGCCGAUACGCUGUUGGUCAUAGAUAUCGUCCAUGUGGUAAGGUGUUUUUGUGACGGUCAUGGGGUUUGGAUUUUAAUGCAUGAUAUUUUCGGAGGCGUUUGAUUCUGUCCUAAUAUUGGAAAAAUAUAUUUCUUGCAGAUUCGCAUCGCGUUACCAUAGUGCUGGAGGUAGAUACUCGAGCUUGUUGCUUUCCAAACACUGUAUAUCUCUCCAUGUCCGUGGCGUGAAUGCGACGAACGAAUCCACACGCACCGACUGAGGGGAUUUCAUG